UGUGAGGCUUUAGAUUUCGACGGUUGCGCUGGGUUUCUAUUGACCGGGUUUUGUGUUUCUUGUGAAGCCAACGAAGCCUCACUCGCAGCACAGCCGUGGUCUUAUCUUGAACCACAGAGUAAGUAGAUCCUUCAUCGGCACAUCGCCACAGUCUUCUCGGUGGUCGGCACCGUUACGGUUUAAGAGAUCGAAACACUUAAACUGUAAUGGCUCUCAACCCUUCUUUACGCCUUGGCUCAAUCUCUAUAUCUUCGAGAAAGCCUCAGUCUCAAGCCCCUUUUUGUUAUGAAAAUGUCAAAUCGACCGUUGCUUUUGCCGCAAACAGUUCUCUCAAGGCAUCCUUACGUGUUUCAGCGGCUGAUUCUACUCCGAAGGCUCGUCUUGUUGCGAGGCGGUCUGAAACAAUACCUGUUGAACAGCUUCGUCGCCCUCUAAGUGAAUAUAUGAGUUUACCUGCAAGUCAAUACUCUGUCUUGGAUGCCGAGCGAAUUGAGCGGGUCGACGACAACACUUUCCGGUGUUAUGUGUACAGGUUUAAGUUCUUUGCUUUUGAGGUUUGCCCAGUUCUGCUAGUUAGAGUUGAAGAGCAACCCGAUGGUUGCAUCAUUAGGCUCUUGUCAUGCAAGCUGGAGGGUUCACCGAUUGUGGUUGCACAGAAUGAGAAGUUUGAUGCUUCCAUGGUGAAUCAAAUAUCUUGUGGUAGUGAGCGGCGUAACUCUUCAGUUCAGCUGCUCACUUCAGAUGCCGUUAUUGAGGUUAGCAUAGAUAUCCCUUUUGCAUUUCGAGCAAUUCCAGUGGAAGUGAUCAAAUCAACUGGAACCCAAGUCCUUGAUCAAAUACUACGGAUUAUGCUUCCUCGAUUUAUGGCACAGCUUGUCAAGGAUUACCAGGCUUGGGCUUCUGGUGACACUUCGAGGCAGCCUCUUGGGACUGGGGAGAUUUGAUGAUACCUGCAUCUCUGCUGCCCUGAACCUGGUCCUGUGGACUUGACAUACAUCAGCCUGUAUAACAAACAUGGAGAAUGCUUUCCUCUUUUUUUCUUUUCUCUCAAAUCCCUUCUUGCGCUUCUGUUUACAUGCAUGGAAUCGGUCCCGGUGCCCCAAAAAAGGAAGAAAAACAUAUCCCUUGAAAGGAUGGGGAUGCUUUCUCGUUGUAUCAAUUGAUACUUAGUACUUUAGAAAGGAUGGUUCUAAUUGGUUGCAUGACAUGAAGGCUAUUAUUGUGGCUUUACAAUAGGCAAAAAUUGACCUCUAUUCAUGAAA